GGUUUUGAAACCGAUUCAAUCACGUGAAGUUCCUACUCACCCCGAAUCUCACACAAGCGAAUCCGGGGCUUGCACACCCGUUCCGUGUUAAAUGGCCCCUAGCGCGGGUUUUUUGCAACCGGGUUAUAAACCAUUACUUUUUCAAAAAAACCGGUUCCUGGAAAUAUGAACUUCGUCCCGGCCGUGAUCGGGGCAGUUGCAGGGGGAGGGCCGGGUUGCUGUGGGCGGGCAGUAGAGCCCGCCCCUCAUGACCCCCUCACUCUCGAGCGCUAUGUUGCGCAGCCGCAGACCUUCCCUCCCACAUACAAAUCAAUGGCUGGAGAAGGGACAGGUCGGGCGGUGGGCAUUUCUGUCCGAAACGAACACCCCCUCUUAUGCCUCGUCGCUAUCCAUACCAGGCUCCCCCCGGAUAAUUUUUUUUUAACUACUGUUGCGUUGACAAAUUAAGCGCACAGACGCACCUCUCCGAUUCGUGCCUUAGGGGUUUGCAGGUGAAACUACACCCUUCUCCCUCUCUCCCCGGCCGGUUGCUGUGCACCCACGGCCGCCCCUCUCUCUCCUUCACAUGUGUCGCUGAAGCCGGCUCCCGCCAUCAACUAUUUUUUUUUUUGUUUAAGCAGCCGCUUUGACAGAUUAUGCGCGCCGAUGUAUUUGGGGCCGCUGAGAGAAGGCUGUCUGGCCGGCAGUCCCCUACCCUUUCUCCCCUCUCAACUGGUUACUGUGCACCCUUUGCCCCACCUCUCCUUCCCUUGUGAUUAGCAUUCCAUUCCGUCUCCUAGGAAUUUUUUUUUAAAUGCUGUUUUGAUAGAUUAUGCGCACAGUUUCAUAGUACAGUAAUAGGGCGCUUCAAUGGGGGUGUUUUGACAGUUGUAGCACACCUUUCCCCCCCUCUCUUUUGUGGACUUUAGUACCACUACCAGCCCGGGACAUGUAAUGGGCCCCGGAAACCCGCCCCCCCGGAUCCCCCACAAGUGCAAUGUGCAGUUCUACAUGUUGGCCGCCACUCCUGCGAGCGCCAUGCCAAAAUGCCAUGCCAGGGUGUUGGUGGAUGCCCAGAAACUUGACCAAUAGCCUUUCGCCCCUUAUCCCUUGUCCUCAGUGGCACCUCCCCCAAGUAGACGGCGGAUGUGACCUAACCCCAAUUUAGGGUCACCUGGUGGGCACCUAUUGGCUGCCCAGCCAAUGGCGAGGCUUGUAACCUGCCAGGUGGGCGAUGCCAACCCCGGACCUCCCUCAUUUUCAAAUUUGCCCACUCCCCCUUUUUUGGGGCUUGGCGCCAUUGCUGUUUCGAACCUCGAGCUGGUAGGAUCAUCACGAACCCUUUCCAAUGGCGGGAUCGCAAGCACAUGGCUCUUCCGAGAUGGCUGCCAGGAAAUCAGCUGGUAGGGGGAUAGCAUGGAAACAUGCAGAAACUGUGGACCUUAUAGCGCUGUGGGGGGAGGAAAAGGUGCAGCAGCAACUUAGGGAGAACCACAGAAACAUUGAUGUUUUUGAAAACAUCGCCGCAGAAAUGCGGAGGAGGGGCCAUGACAGAAAUGCGGAGGAAUGUCGCACGAAAUCUAAGGCAUUGAAAAGAAAAUUUAAGGAGGAAUAUCAAAAAUCGAGGUUGAGCGGAAGCGGCGCGGUAGAAAUGCCAUUCUUCCACGAGCUUCGCAGAAUAUUGGCGGGGGAUGCCAGCGUGGAGGCAAAGCGGGUCUCGGACGAGACGGAAGUUACGUACCACGACAGCGAGAACCUCGAGCUGGUGGAGGAAGGGCCCUCUAGACCCAUCACGGAGCAGGACCCCUUGGCGGAUUCGCAGGCUCCCUUGGCGGACUCGCAGGAUCUGUUUUCCCAAGAGACCGUUGUUACUCAGGAUCCAGAUCAGGAGAUAAAUCUGGUGCUGCAGGAGAUUGAUCCGCAGACCCUGGUGCGAGAACUGCAGCAGCAGGAACCAGCGGCCAGCAGCUCGGGGUCUAACGGAACCCAAACCCAAACCCAAACCCGGGCUGGAAGCAAUGCUUGUGCCAUCAUGAACCCCCUAGCAGUGAUGACUCCUGCGGAGAGAUUGGCCCUCAUUAAACGCAAGAAGGUGAGGGACUCUGCCACUGCGGCCCUUGAAAAGAUUGCCACCCAGUCCGCAGCCCAGAUGAGUUCGCUUCUGGGUUUUUUGAGGGAGGAGAGUCAAAAAGAGGAGGCCAGGGAAGAUAAGUCACUCGGCGUCAUGACACAGCUAAUUGCUGAGGACAGAGAGAGCAUGCAGCAACUAACAGGUGCUCUGCUGGCUAGCAACCAGAUAAUGGAGAAAAUGUACAAGCUGAUGGAGUCGCAGGGUACCCAAGGCAAUGCUACUGGCAUGCCGAGGAAGAAGCGCUUUAAGCGUUCCCCGGGCUCCAUGCAACAAUCAAGCAAUUCUCCUCCUGGCCCUUCUGACAGCCAGCAGGAGUCUCAGGGAGGGUCUACAUCAUCAUCUGGGGGUGCGGUUCCUGGACCAAGUACCAGGCCCAUCCGCAAGAUUAAGAAGCCGGUUACACUGUCCCCAUGA